AACGAAAUGUCAUCGUCUGCAAUGGAAAAACAUCUAUUUAAUUUAAAAUUUGCGGUCAAAGAAUUAGAACGAAAUUCAAAGAAAUGUGAGAAAGAGGAAAAACUUGAAAAGGAGAAAGCAAAAAAAGCGAUACAAAAAGGUAAUACAGAGGGGGCCCGAAUUCAUGCAGAAAAUGCAAUACGACAGAAGAAUCAGGCUCUGAAUUACCUUCGGAUGUCUGCAAGAGUGGAUGCUGUUUCCAGUAGAGUGCAAACUGCUCUUACAACAAGAAAGGUAACAAAUUCAAUGGCCGGUGUAGUUAAAGCAAUGGAUGCUGCAAUGAAAUCCAUGAAUCUUGAGAAGAUAUCAACUCUAAUGGACAAGUUUGAGAGUCAAUUUGAAGAUCUGGAUGUUCAGUCUUCGUAUAUGGAGAAUGCUAUGUCACAAACAACAACAACUACGGUACCACAGGGUGAUGUGGAUAAAUUGUUGCAACAAGUUGCUGAUGAAGCUGGUUUGGAACUGAACAUGGAACUGCCAUCAGGUGUGCCAAGUACAUCAAUAGGCACAACCACUGUGGUGUCACAGGAACAGGACGAGUUGACACAAAGAUUGGCCAGGUUACGACAAACCGAAUAAUGUUCAAAUGUACAGAAACUUAGUUAAGAUUUUAUAUAAUCAUGCUUUAUAUUGUGAUGGUAAUGAAGUGUUGAAAGAAAUAUGCAUUAUUUUUUUAUGAUUACUUAUAACUGUCUAAGGAUGUUUUGCUACUCAUUACUUUGAGUUUUCACUGGUUAUACACCUGUAACAAAACAUUUUUUUUGUCCGUUUACAAGAAUGUGAAGGAAGAAAAUGUUUCUAUACAGGUAUUUAUGCAGUGGAAAUACAUGAGGUGGGAUUGUUACAUUUUAUUUUCGUUCAUAAAAUAAUUGCAAU